AAUGCUAGUUUGUUGUGGUGGAUGUGUGAGCGGCGCCGCGACUUGUCAGCAACACGCCUUUUGUAUUACUGUCUUCUUAGACCUAACCUGCUGGUAUUUGGUGACGUGCGAGUGGUGACGGAGAGAAGGAGAGCCUGAAUAGUAAGUGAGGCAGGCGAAGGUAGGAAGGAGACGGGAGUGAUUACUCUAUCUGUCCGGCUGCCGUGCCGCAGCCUCACAUCACUUGAACCAUGGAUGUCGGGGAACUUCUCUCCUUCAAGCCUGAGAUGGCAGUGAAGCGUGGGCCAGAGGAGGAGGAGGAGGAACGAGAGCGGCCAGGGAGGAAGAGGAGUCGCCUGGAGGUGCGAGGGUUGGGGGGCCAUGCAGGGCUGCCACCACCAUCACAACACCACCACCACCACCGCCACCACCGUGAAUCACAGGACCAACAACAACAACAACAGCAGCAGCAACAACAACAACAACAACAACAACAACAACAACAACAACAACAACAGCAGCAACAGCAGCAGAUUCCGGUCCCCUCAGCGCAAACUAAGCAGAUUGUGGAGGAGAAGUUGCAGCAACUUGAUGAGCAGGAAGAUCCAGAGGCAGCGGAGGGCCCCAUGGAUGAAUUCAAGCUGAAGAAGAUGAUUCUCAGCUUCGAGAAGAGAGUACUCAAGAACCAGGAGUUAAGGAUUAAGUUUCCAGAUGACCCACGCAAGUUCAUGGAGUCAGAGAUUGAGCUGAACGAGGCUGUAGAGGAGUUGCAUGUGGUGGCAACAGUGCCAGACUUGUACCCGGCACUGGUGGAGCUUGGUACUGUAAAGACUCUUUUGUCACUGCUCAGCCAUGACAACACUGACAUCUCUAUUGCUGUGGUGGAUCUCCUGCAGGAGAUGACUGAGGUGGAGGAUCGGGAGGACGAGGAGAGUGAUGGAGCAGAGGCACUGGUGGAGGCCUUGCUGGAGGGUCAGGUGGUCACAAUCUUGGUCCACAAUCUUCAGCGCCUCGAUGAGUCACACAAGGCAGAGGGUGAUGGCGUCCACAACUCCCUUGGAAUCAUUGAGAACCUGGCAGAAGUACGACCUGAGAUGUGCACAGAGGCAGGUCCUGGUGGGCUGCUGGCGUGGCUCCUGAAGCGCCUCCGAGCCAAACUGCCCUUUGACGCCAAUAAGCUGUAUGCCUCAGAGAUCCUUGCUAUCUGUAUCCAAAACAGUGAGGAGAAUCGGCGCCUGCUGGGAGAGAUUGAUGGCAUUGAUGUUCUUCUGCAGCAGUUGGCCGUAUUCAAGCGACAUGAUCCAGCCACCAAUGAAGAGCAGGAGAUGAUGGAGAACUUGUUUGACACCCUCUGUGCUUGCCUCAUGCUCACCAUUAACAGGGAGCUCUUCCUGAGGGGUGAGGGGCUGCAGCUCAUGAACCUUAUGCUCAGAGAGAAGAAGCUGUCCCGCAAUGGAGCGCUGAGAGUGCUGGACCAUGCACUGACAGGGGGUGAGGGUGCCGACAACUGCAACAAAUUCGUGGAGAUCCUGGGUCUGCGCACCAUCUUUCCUUUGUUCAUGAAGACCCCUGGCAAGCAUGGCAAGAAGGGACUCACCAAGGACCAGCAUGAAGAGCACGUCAUCUCCAUCAUCGUGUCGCUGCUACGUAACUGCCGUCCCAACCAGCGCACUCGCCUGCUAAACAAGUUCACUGAGAAUGAUCAUGAGAAGGUGGAUCGCCUGCUGGAGCUCCACUUCAAGUACUUAGAGAAGGUUCUGGCCACCAACUAUGCCCUGGAGGAGCAAGCCAAGGCAGAGAACCUGGGUGAGGAUGAACUGUACCUACGCAGACUGGAUGGGGGACUCUUUACCCUUCAAUUAGUGGACUAUGUGAUGCUGGAUGUCUGUGCUACAGGGCCUCCCAGCAUCAAACGCAGGGUCCUCAAGAUACUGAACCUUAGGAAUGCCUCUGUCAAGACCAUCAAGAACAUUAUGAGAGAGUAUGCCAGCAACUUGGGUGACAUGGGUGGGAGUGAGACACAGGCAGAAGAGCAGGACAGAAUACUUGACCUCCUUGACAAGUUCCAAAACACUUAGAAAAGGAGGACAGAUUUUCUUCUUGUGUGUGUGUGUAAUCUUUUUGUAACUUCUCUGCCUUAAGGUGUGUUUGUGUGUGUGUGUGUGUGUGUAUAUGUUCUUUAUUAGAGCUGUAUAAAUUAAUGAAUGUGAAAGAGAGAGAAGAUAGAUAAUAAAUGAUCAGAUGUUUCA